GCGCCCCCUCGGCCGCCAUCAAGGCCCUACUGCGACUCAUGUCAGCCACUGCCGCCGCACAGCCCGCCUUCAGCGGCGGCAGCGGCGGCGGCGGCGGCGGCUCCACCGCCGCCGUGUGCCGCCGCUUCGCGGCGGCGGGCGGCCUGUACGGCGUGCUGCAGCUGCUGCACCACGAGGCCAUGGGGGUGCACCACUCCAAGCUGGCGGCGGCGCUGCUCACGCUGACGGACCUGGUGCUGCUGCACGACCCCGGGGCGCAGGACGAGCUCCGGGCCAUGGGUGGGCUGGGCGUGCUGGCGGCGCUGCUGGGCUCGCUGCUGCGGCCGGGCGCCGUGGACGUGUACCAGCUGCGGCCCGCCAGCUGCCGUACAGCCACACUGGCGCUGGCAGGCAACGCCGCCUCGCAACUGGCGGCUCGGGAGCACGGGCUGCUGCCGCUGCUGGGUGGACUGCUGGUCGGGCUGGCGGCGGCCAGGAGGGCGGCGGCAGGCCCGGGCGGCGCCGCGGACGUGGUGCUGGAUGACGACGCGCCGCUGGCGGUGGCGGCGCUGGAGGCAGUCACGGCCGCCGCGCAGGGCAGCCCAGGAACCCAGGACGCCCUGGUAGCUCUGGGCCUGCUGCAACCGCUGGCCGAGCUGUUCCGAGACCCCCGCCUGGACCAGGCAGUCAGGCUGGCGGCGGCGGCGGCGCUGACGGCGGCCGCCGACGGCGGCAACGCCGCCGCACAGAACGGCAUCGUGGCGCUCGACGUCGUGCCCGCCACCACGGCUUGGCUCGAGGGCCUCUGCGGCAGCGUCUCCUCAGUCGGCGGCGCCGCCGUCGGGAGGCAGCCGCCUGGAGGCGCCGCUGCCGGCGGCGCCGCUGCCAGCGGCCCCGUGGCGCGGGCGCUGACGGCGCUGCUGGCGGCGCUAGUCCGCGGCAACGCCUCAGCAGGCGCGCGCGGGGUGCUGGUGAGCGCGGGCGCGCUGCCACCGCUGCUGCAUAUCCUGCAGUCGCCGCCGCCAGCUGCAACCGCGUCAGCGCUGUCUGGCACUCCUCCUCACCCCCCGCCUGUCGCCCGGCAAGCGGCCCGGCUGCCGUCGUGGAAGGCCGCUGCCUCGAUCAAGUCGUCUGGAGAGCAGCAGCAGCAGCAGCAGCCUGAGUCCGCGGCCGCCCUAGCGGCAAGCGUGCUGGCGCUGCUGGCUGAAGGCGACACGGACAUUCAAAACGAGCUGGUCUCGCAAGGUGCGCUGGCGGCUGCAGCCGACAUCGUCCGUGACGGCGCCGCCGCCGCCGCCGCCGCCAGCACCGCCGCCAGCACCGCCGCGCCGGCGGCGCUGGCACUGCUCAUCGCCAUCCUCAAAGGAAACACCUUUGCAAAGAACAGCGCGAGAGGUGCAGGCCUGCCUGCAGUGCUAGUGGCGGCAGUGCGACACUGCGGGCUGGCGGCGCGGCGCGCCGCCGCCAGUGGCGGUGGUGGCGGCGCUGCUGCAGCCAUCGCUGCCGCCGCGGCGGCGGCGCUUGCGGAGCUGGCGGCUGGUAACCAUGCCAACCAGGAGGCUGUAGCAGUGCAGGGCGGGUUAGAGGUGGCGGUGGAACUGGUUCGGGAAACGGUCGCCGCGCUGCCGCUGCCACAGCCGCUGUUAGACGCGCAUGGCGCAGCCGCCGGUGUAGCAACCACCGCCGCGGACGCACAGGCUGCGGUGGAGCAGUGCCGGCUGCUGAGGGCGCUGUUUGGUCUGCUGGAGGCGGCAGUGGAGCUGAACGGCGGGAACAAGGACUUUGUCAGGGAGCUGGGCGGAGUUAGCUUACUGGGUGACUUCCUCAGAGCGGCCUCUGAGUUUGUGACCGUCCCACCUGCGCUGCCAUCAUCCUUGGAGCACGGGGGUGUAGGAGUGAACGGAGCGGGCACGGGCGUUGCGGGCGGCGGCGGCGGCUUCGGAGUGGGUGCGAUUGCAGGAGUGGAGGAAGAGGACGGCGAGCCAGGCAUGGGAGCGGCGUGCGAGGCCAGUCGGCAGCGUCGGUCGCAGCGCGAGGCGGCGCAGCGGGAGGCGGUGGAUGCGGCGCUGGCAUUCCGGUCGGCGCUACUGCCGGCACUGGCGGGCUGCUGCGGCGCUGUGGCCGCGCUCGUGCGUGAGAGCGACGCCAACCUGGCCCGACUCGAGGAGCAGCCGGGCCUUGGCCUGGCGCUGUUCAAGCUGCUCGCUGCCUCGGACGCGCCCACAUCGGCCGCCGCCGCCGAGGCGCUCGAGUGGCUGGCCGUCCGCACACCCGGCGCCCUACCCGGCCCGCCCACCCGCGAGUUCUUCGAGCUGGAUCUUUCCGCUUCGCGGCCGCCGCCGCCGCCGCCCGGCGCGCCCUGGCAUGCGGAGGUAACGGCGGUGAUGCCGAUGGGCGGCGUGACGGCGGGCGGGGUGCGCGACGCGGCGGCGGUGGCGAGCGGCGUAGCGGACGCGGCGGACUGGCUUGAGCAGCAACAGCAGGCAGUGUCGUCGACUUCGUCAUCGACAUCUUCGGCGUCGGCGGCGGCUAAGGGUGCGGUGCUGCGGUCCGCGCCCGCAGCCAAGCCGCACCCGGGACAGAGCACGCUGCCAGCUCUUGAGGCGCCUCCCCUAGAGGCCCUGGCUGCCGACCCCGCCUCCGGCCUGGCGGUCAGCCGCCAGCUGUCGGGACACAGCCGGUCUGGCGGCCCCGGCAGCCAGACCUGGUGGGCCAGUCUGGCGGGCUCCGCCGCCGCCGCCUUCCAGCGCGUGGCCAAUGGCGUGUUGCUGCAUGGCGUGGGAGGAGGAGCGGGAGCUGGAGGAGCAGCGGGUGGAGGGGGCGGAGGAGCGGGAGGGCACGGCAGCGGCCUUGCUGGAGGGGGAGGGGCAGGUGGUGCGGCUGGUGCGGGCGGCGGGGCGAGCGGUGGGAUGGAGGCGGGAGGCGGCGGGGCGGCUGCGCUGCUGCCGACCGGGCCGGCGGCGGAGCGGCGGCGGCAGGUGGCUUGGAUGCUGUUCCUGCUAGCAGCCAAGUCGCCCGACAACAGGGCACGCAUCCGGCGCCUCGUGCGCGCCUCGCUCCUGCCACUGGCGCAGCAGCUCGCCAACGCGGAGGCCUGCCGCGCUCAGCUGGAGGCGGCGGCCGUGGCACCGGCGGCGGCACCCGCGUCCGCACCACAGCCGCCCGCGCGGCCGGCGUCAGGAAGCGCGAUUGGGGCGGGAAUGGCGCCAUUGGCCCAUGUGCAGGCUACGGGUCAGGGUGCGUUUGCAACGGCGCCUGCGGCGGCGGUUGCAGCGGCGGCUGCCGCCGCUGCCGCGGCGGCGGCGGCGGGCGCCGGUCCGUCGGGGGUGGCGUCCUCGUCGUCGGCACCGCUGCCGCUGCCGCUGGCGCCGCUUCACUCGGCGGCUCUGGAGAGCGCGGCGAGCGUGACGGGGCACCGGCUGCCCAUCAGCACCUCAGCCAUGGAGCAACUGGGUGGCACACCGCAGCACCGCAGCUCUGGCGGCGGCAGCUCCGGCGGCGCCUGGCCGCAGACGGUCACCGGCGGCUCCGGCCCGUCCUCGGCUGCCGCCGCCGCGCCGCCAGCGGCCAACGCGGCCCUGCUGUACGGCAUGCCACCGCCGCCGCCAGCAGCUCCGCCGCCGCCAGCCCCGCCACCGCCAGUCUCCCCGCCAGCCGUCCUCCCGUCGGUGGCAGCGCCGCCGCCAGUGCCGUACGGCAGCGCUACCUCGUCACCUUCCGCCGCCCUGUUACAACAGCAGCAGCUGCAGCAACAGACACAGGCGGGCCCAGACUCGGCGGCGCUUCGGCGCUUCGCCGCAGCUGCGGCGGCCGGGAUGGCAGCGGGCUAUCGUGGAAGCGGCGGCGGCGCGUUACCUCAGGACGCUAAUGAGGGUUUGGCGGCAGCUGCGGCAGCGGCAGCGGGCGUGGGCUUGGCUUGGUCCUCUCCGGCAGGCAGUGGCACAACCACCCCGCGCCCCAGCCACAGUGGGGUGGGCGGCGUGGGUGGCGGCGCUGCUUGGGAAGGCAGCGGCAGCGGUCGAGGCGCAGCUGGGCUGGGCCAGGCAAGUCCGUUCGCGGCUGGGGCACCGGCACCGGAUGCGGGUGCAGCCGCACCCGCAGCAGCACCCACAGGAGGGAGUGGCGGCGGUGCCAUGCCGCGGGCUCUGGGCCCACAGGUCAGCGCGGGCGGCAGCAGCGUCAUGUCCGACGAUGACGAGCUGGCGAUGAUACGGCAGGAGGUGGCGCUGCUGGCGAACACGACGAGCGGCCUGGUGGCCUCGGGCGCAGCGGGGGGUGGCAGCGGCGGCGGCGGCGGCAGCGUGCGCGGCGGCAGCGUGUCGUUGAUGGGCGGCCCGAGCCCGGCGUCAUCGCCCGCGCGCUGGGGCGUGGGGCGGCGCUGAAGGCCAUUUGGGGGCUGGAGAGCCGCAUGCGGUGUAGCUGCGGAGUUUGUGGGAUAGCUUGGGUUGUCAUGUUGGGGGUGGGGCAGUUUGGCGUAGACGAGUUGUCAGCGGCAGGGCGCUGCGGCAUGUUGCACGGCAUACAGCUGGAGGCAUGGGACGUGGGGGAAGGAGCGAUUUGCCCGCGUGUUGUGACAUGCGAAGUGGACAUAUGUAUGUAAUGAGGCGUGGGGCGCGGGCAUCGUUCAGUUGAUUCAGAAGUAUGGCAUGGGCAUCGGCGGCACCCAGACUGCCCAAGAGGUCUGCGGACCAGAGGACUGGCACCUGCGCCGAUCCCGACAUUUAAAAUAUUAC